UUAAGUUGUUGCCACGUGAACGGAACAAAGACCACCAACCGCCAAAACCGUUAAGUUUCGCGGGCGGAGAUCAACGCCCCGACCCACACUCGAGAGAAACUCGAGAGAAAGUAUUCGUCUCUUUCUUUUCCUCUCUCUCUCAACUCACUCUCAAUUUUUCGAACAAAUGGCUCAAAACUGCACCGUUGAAAACGGCACAGAUUAUGACGGCAGAUCGGCCGUCAUCUUUCUCGGCACCGGAUGCUCCAGCGCCGUCCCUAAUGCAAUGUGCUUGAUCCAGCCGUCCGAUCCUCCUUGCCACGUUUGCUCCCAGUCUCUCUCAAUCCCGCCGGAGCAAAACCCUAAUUACAGGUGUAAUACAUCUCUGCUGAUAGAUUAUUAUAGCGAGAGCGAUGAGAAACACAAGUAUAUAUUAAUUGAUGUUGGAAAGACAUUCAGAGAGCAAGUUCUUAGAUGGUUUACUUUCCACAAGAUUCCUCUAGUCGAUUCUAUUAUUUUGACUCAUGAGCAUGCUGAUGCAGUUCUUGGUCUUGAUGAUAUCCGUGCCGUACAACCGUUUAGUCCUACUAAUGAUAUUGAUCCUACUUCAAUUUAUUUAAGUCAGUUCGCCAUGGAUAGUAUAGCAGUGAAAUUUCCUUACCUGGUGAAGAAAAAAUUAAAGGAAGGUCAAGAAGUAAGACGGGUAGCACAGCUGGAUUGGCAGAUAAUUGAGGAAGACUCUCAGAGACCAUUUGUUACAUCAGGAUUAAAAUUUGUGCCUUUGCCAGUGAUGCAUGGAGAAGAUUAUAUUUCUUUGGGUUUUCUCUUUGGUGAAAAAAGUAGAGUAGCUUAUAUAUCUGAUAUUUCACGCUUCCCCGCAAGUACGGAGUAUGUAAUUUCAAAGGCUGGGGCUGGGCAGUUGGAUCUUCUUAUCUUGGACACUUUGUACAAGACUGGCUCCCAUAAUACUCACUUCUGCUUUCCUCAGACCCUUGAAGCUGUGAAGAGAUUAUGUCCUAAGCGAGCUCUUUUAAUUGGAAUGACUCAUGAAUUUGAUCAUCACAAGGACAAUGAUUUCCUAAUGGAAUGGUCUAAAAGGGAAGGAAUACCAGUGCAGCUUGCGCAUGAUGGUAUGAGAGUGCCUAUAGACUUAUGAUAAGGUUGAGAUAGGAGCUACCAACUAUGGCAAGAUACGAACACAUAGUUUCCAUCCCAUUGUGAUGGGAGGACUAAACGAUAUUGGUAUUUUUUUAUAGCUUCAGCAGAUAACAUUCAAAUCGUCGAAGCAAAUUUUUUGAACAAGCAGGGGCUAUAUAUAACAAGGGCAGGGACGGUUGUAGCAUGGUGGCAAUGGUGGCACUUGCCCCCCAAAAGUUCCCGUAGUCUCUCUAAAGUUUUUUUUUUUUUUUUACUUUCAAAGAGAAAAGGAAAAACCUUUGUGAUUAAUUGUUUGCACUUUGCCCCAUAUUUAAAGUCCAUAUUUGGCCCCACUGAAAAAAAAUCCCUAAUAAUUUAAUUUUA